UUUAUGGUAUAUUCCUUUUUUUAUUUUCCAAUUGGGUACAGUUUACAAAAGACAAAUUGACAACCAAAAGUAAGACUUUACAGCCAAAAUCAAUUGCAAUAUUGUAGGAGCAUAUAUGCUGAGAUGGGUCCUUAUGUGGUGGUUCAGUCAAAGAAGGUCCACCACUACCCGUGAAAGCAUUCUUACCACAUGUUAUUACCAAGGUAUUUAACAUGACUUCUUGCACUUUGGCCUAUAACUAUUAUUAUUGCAGAAUGGUCCCUGCAUUUAUGUGGCUAUUAUGAAUUUGGAUGAAGAUCCUAUUUUCUCAUUUAAUUUCUUAUUCUUUGUCUCACCAGGCCAAUUAAAUUGCUUUUACUAUUUAGUGUCUCAUUCUAUUAUUCAUUCUGCUUCCCAUUCUCUAUUAUUGUUUUCUCAUAUGUACGUAGGAAUAACAAUGGUACUGACUACUGAGCAAUGUAUGUUGUUUUUAAAUUCUACUUAACAAUGUUGUUUUUAAAGCAACGACCUCUUGCUGUCUAAGUUAUCAAGUUAACUUCUACUCUUUUAGGCAACUGUCUCAACAUAUAAAACUAAUUUGUUAGAAUUGAGUCAAGUCCGCCUUACUGAGGUCGAAGCUGUGAUGCUUUUUAAGUGAUCGACUUGAUGGCUAACAGUUAACCGCCGCUGCAAUUGAUCCAACCAUUUUAGAUAUCAUUUUAACAACAUAGUAAGUUACAUACAACUCAUUUUGCUCUUUUACUCUGAUUUUGAGUUGAUUUAAGUGUUAGUGUGUGUUUUGCAAGUAUCUCCUUUGUUGUGGAUAUCCUUUGCUCCACUGUCCUUACCACCAAGCUUACAACCGUACAUUUUGUCCAGCAUUGUCACGCUCCUUCGAAGAACCACCCUAUUCAUAUUCUGAAAAAAUUUAUAUAUAAAUGUAGAUUCUUCGUGGAACAUUCUAACCAUUUCACAUUUGGUGGAACAUUCUAACCAUUGCACAUCACAUGCUAUGUAGCUACGUUGUUGAAUCAUAGAAUGCCAUUUGAUUAUUGAAAGGAAGAAUGAGCACUUUCACAUUAGGUUCCAAUGGUGACCAUAAAAGAUGUGGAAGAGACAUGAACUAAUUGAAAAUGUUAGGAUAUCUUACACACAAUGAAUUAUCAGGACAUAAAAAAAGAUGGACCAGGAGAGAGCCCUUUUGAUGAAGAGGUGAUCCAGUCCAAUUAUCUACCGCCUCUGCAUUCGAAUAGCAGGCUUCCUUGUGCUAGCCCAGCUAUAUAAGGUUCACAUGAGAGUCCACACACUACAAGAAAAAACACUUUUAGCGACACUUUUUUUGAGGCAAUAACACUAUUGCCGCUACUUUAAUAAAAAAAUAAAAAAAUUUGUGCUUAACAAUGAGUAGUCGGUAAUAAUCUCAUGUUUAACGGUAAUUGGGGACUAAAGCCACCAAUGAAAGACCCACUCUCACGAGCAGAAUGAAUAGCUCACAUUUCCACUCGAAGCCACCACUGUCCCCUCUCACCGAAGCCACCACCGUCCCCUCUCUCACCGAAGCCACCACCGUCCCCUGAAACCUGUUCGUGUGAAGGCGAGAACGACAAGGAGAUCGCACGAAGUGUGAAGUGAAGCUGUGGGAUUAUAUGUUCAAGCUAUGUUGAUCAACGAUUUGGGGAUUAUCGGAUACUUUCAGGGAGGAAAUUUGUGGUUGGCUGCAAGUUUGUGAGGGCCCUGUCAUGCUACAUCAUAUAUUUUCUAGUCACUCUUCUAAGUUCUAACUACAUACUCUUGUUAUGUAGGUCCUUAAUGAUAAAGGCUAUGAUGAGGCCACUGCAUACUUGUGGUCUUGUAGGGUGAUUCUCUUUGUAUUGGUUGCAGGUGAUUCGCUAGAUAGAGCACCAUCAGGAACAGUCCAUUAGAGCUUAAUCUUAAUACACCACAACCAAGUCUAUUGCUUCCUAUUCUUUCCCACAGCCAGAUAAAAGUAGUAAUUUGGAAUCUUCUGGACUUUUAGAAGAGAAGACAUAUCAUGGACAAUCCUAGAAGUAGAAUGUGGAUGGACUAUGAUAGAGUUAGUAAAGAAUAUUUAGAUGGAGUGGAAUCAUUUUUAGACCAUGCAUUUCGGGAGAGCAAUGGAGAAACAAUUCCAUGCCCUUGUAAGAAAUGUGUGCUACACUAUGUAGUUAAUCGAGCAAUGGCUUAUGAACACCUAAUGGUUAAUGGUAUUAUACCAUCAUAUGACACUUGGUUUUGUCAUGGGGAGUCAAUUAAUGUGCUAAAUCGCAAAGAGGAAACUAAUUGUAGAGAAGAAGCUUUUAGAGGUGAUGAUAUGGUAGGGUUGAUACAUGAUGCUUUUGAAGGCUUUAAUCAAUCCAUGGGUAAUAACAUUAGUGAUGGAGGUGAUAUUGAGUCAAACUUGGAUGAAAAUCUUACUCAUACAUCAAGAAAUCAAUCUCAUCCAGAGGUGGAGAAGUUUGAACAGUUAAUGAAAGAUGCAAAUGAAGAACUGUACAGUGGUUGCAAGAAAUUCAGCAAACUUUCUUUUGUUUUACAUCUUUACCAUAUAAAAAGAUUGUUCAAAUGGACAAAUGAGUCUUUUGAUGCUUUGCUUGGGCUAUUGAAAGAUGCAUUGCCUGAGGGAGAAAAGUUACCUUCUUCUCAUUAUGAGACCAAAAAAAUAGUUGGGAGGUUGGGCUUAAAGUAUGAAAAAAUCCAUGCUUGUCCAAAUGAUUGCAUGCUUUUCAGGAAUGAAUUGGCGGAUAAGAAUGUUAAUAAAUGCAUAAAAUGUGGGGCUUCUAGAUGGAAAAAUGAUGAGAAAAAAGUUCCUGCCAAGGUCCUAAGAUAUUUCCCUCUAAAGUCAAGGUUGCAGAGAUUGUUUAUGUCUUCAGAAACUUCUAGACUGAUGAGAUGGCAUGAUAAGGGGCGCAAUAAAGAUGGGGAUUUACGGCAUCCUGCAGAUUCUGAAGCCUGGAAAAAAUUUGAUGACCAACAUCAGGAAUUUGCUAAGGAUUCUCGUAAUGUCCGCUUGGGAUUAGCUAGUGAUGGCUUUAAUCCAUAUAGUUCAAUGAAAGUUUUUGAUAGUACAUGGCCAGUUAUUUUAGUUCCGUAUAAUCUUCCACCAUGGUUGUGCAUGAAGCAAGAUUGUCUUUGAUAAUUGUUUAAUCCUUAAUGUUUAGGUUAAUGAUUUAGAGUCUACAUUUGAUAUCUCAAAAGACCUAAAAGCCCUUGCACAAGGACCAAGCUACAUAGCAAGAAGAUUCAAAGCAUUUGAUGUAAAUAAUGGGUAUCGAUUUAGAACAAAAAAAUAUGAAGAGUUCAGGAAGACGCAAAAUAGUGGCGUCAUGGUUGUUUCUAAGACAGAAAGUUAUGCAAGUACAAGUGAUAAUGCUCCAAAGUCAGCAAAUGUAGUCUAUUAUGGAAGAUUGAGUGAUAUAAUAGAGUUAGAUUACUUUGAAGAAUUUAAGGUUGUCUUAUUUAAAUGUGAUUGGGUUGAUGUAACCCGAGGUAGAGGUCUUAAAGUAGAUGAAUGGGGUUUUACACUUGUGAACUUCUCUCACCUAAUACAUUAUGGAGAUCGUGAAAGUCAUGAACCUUUUGUAUUUGCAAACCAAGCCCAACAAGUGAUAUUUGUGCAAGAUCCUCAUGAUCAUCAUUGGUUUGUACCUAGGCUAAUGAAACCUCGAGAUACUUUUGAUAUGGGAGAAGUACACAAGAUGCAAUUUUCGGCAUCAUUGCAAAAUGAUACUAUGAUGGUAGAAAAUAUUUGUCAAUCAGAAGAUGACCACAUUGAUUGGGUAAGAAAUGAUGUGGAUGGUGUAGAAAUUGAAAACUCUUCUUCUAGUGGAGAUGAAGCUGACAAUGAUGAAGGAAAUGAAAAUGAAUAUGGUAGUGAUUCCGAAUAACAGGACUUGUCUAAUCCUUUCCUUGCCAAGGCAAUCCAAGGUGCUGAUUUUUGUGAUGUGUGUUGAUUUGCUUUUAGGCUUGUUUGAUGUUGCUGGAGUGGAAUCUCACAAGAUGAGGACGGGUCAUGAUCCUGAUUUCUAUGAUGUGUGCUGCUUUGUUUUGCUUAGUUUUUGCCUCUGAACUUAUUGUUUCCCUUUGUAUCCUCCUUGUUUUUCUUGUAUGUUUCCUUUUUUUACCUAUCUCUGAGUAGGUUGUUCUCAGACUAGUCUUUUUAAAUACAUUCUUCUCUUUUCGGGGAAAAAAAACUCAUGAGCUGUAUCACUUAGAUGUACUUGAUAUUUUAGUAGGGAUUUAAGACCUACAAUGGUUUAUUUGUAAAAAAAUUCAAUUAAAAUUUUAUUUCCAUAAUAAUAGAAAAUGCCAAUGAAAUGAGAUCUUGAUA